AUGAAGUCCACUCUGUUGCUGCUUGCUAUUCUCCAUGUUGCUGAACCCUAUAAAAUUCUCGUCUUUUCUGCUCCGCUGGGUUAUUCGCAUAUGCAAUUUAUGGGCCAAAUCGCUGAUAUUCUCCAAGAAGCUGGACACGAUGUGACUGUCGUUCAUCCAGUCGGUAUGCCUAAAUAUGUAAAAGCAGUUUCUAAAUUGGCAAAGCAGGUACUAUUCGAACUUCCAGAAGAGACACAAAAACAUUUAGAUCCGAAAAACUUAAAGGUUUGGGAUACAAAUAGCGGAUCUAUCUCACAACAAAUUGAGAUGUUCAAUGACUUCUCUGAGUUGCAGAUUCAAAUAUGUGACUUGCUCCUUGGUGACAACAGAACUAUUGAGACUCUGAGGAGAGAACAUUUCGAUGUCGGCAUCACCGAACUGCUUGCGAUAUGCGGAUUCGGAGUAUUCAAUAAAGUUGGAAUCGACCACGUGAUAGGCACCUCUGCAGUAGGAAUAUUGGAAACGAUGGGCACACUUUUCGAUGUUCCAAUGCUUCCUAGCUUUGUUCCUUCUUACCUGCUGCCAUUCACCGAUAGAAUGAACUUCCUGGAACGAACGGCCAACUUUUUGAUGAGCUUCAUCUCACAGAAGGUUGCAGAUAGGUUAAUACUAAGAUACCAGAAUAUGUGGAGACAUCAUGGUAUUUUGGGAAGUGAGGAAGAUUUUGCCCUCAGAGUCAAUUAUCUGCUUGCAAACUCGGACGAGUUUCUUGAGUUUGCUCGACCGACCACCUCGAGGAUCAUUCACAUAGGAGGAAUAGCGCUACCCAAAAAAGAGCCAUUAACCUCUGAAUUCCGAGAGCUUUUGGAGCGGAAAGAUAGGGUUGGUGCGGUGUACAUCUCGUUUGGGUCUGUCGUACCUACUGCUGAGAUGCCGAGCUAUUUCCGAGAAGCCAUUCUUCAUGUGGUGAGAGAAUUCCCACAAAUUACUUUUCUGUGGAAACUCGAUGCAAACGACACUUCGCCUAUUAUUCCGAAUUUGCAUACGUUCGCUUGGUUGCCUCAGCAGGCACUUUUAGAUCAUCCCAAUCUACUGUGCUUUGUGUCACAUGCUGGAUUGAAUAGUGUGCUUGAAGUAACAAGAAGUGGAAAACCAUCGAUCUUCGUUCCAAUUUUUGGCGAUCAAAUGAGAAAUGCUCGGCUAGUUGAAGCGAAGAACACAACAAUUGUUGUAUCAAAGGAGGGCUUUAACAGCGAUACCUUCGCUAAAGCUCUUCAGAAAAUACUUUCAGAUAGAAGUUUCGCAGAGCGAGCAAAACGGUUGUCCUCACUGAUGACUAACAAGCCGUUUCCGGUGAAAGAAAGACUACUUUCGACAGUUGAGUUCUCCACUCGACACGGGAAGAUCCACGAGUUGGACAUCUAUGGAAGGAAUUUGAAUGUCUUUCAAUAUUACAGUAUUGAUGUCAUCGCAUUUCUUGUUGGGCUUUCUAUGUUAAUGAUGAUUUCUACUCUCCUAUUGUGUAGGUUUUGCUUUAAAAAGACGUUUACAAGUAAGUUAAAGCAGGAAUAG